AUGGGGCUUCAUACAUACACGUGCUUGCCCACCGCUCGUCCAAGUGGAGCUGCACAUAUGUGCUCACUCACCUGCCACUUCCACAGUCCAGUUCUGAAAAGGCCACAAUCAGAGCCUAAGCCAGUUGUUUUAUUAGUACAUGGUUUGCUGUUUGAAGGAAGAUGUUGGAUUGUAAAUCUUCCCAGCAACAGUCUGGGGUUUUUUCUAUCAGAUGCUGGCUAUGAUGUCUGGAUAAUAAAUAUCAGAGGGACCACGUGGUCUAGAAGCCACCAGAAAUUUUCAAUUGAUGAUCCAGAAUUCUGGGAAUUCAGUUUUCAUGAAAUGGCUGUAUAUGAUAUCCCAGCAACUAUAGCAUUCAUUCUGCAGAAAACAAAGCAACAUAGAUUAUAUUACUUUGGCCAUGGCCAGGGAGGAACACUAGGAUUUAUUGCCUUUUCACUCCUGCCUCACCUAGCACAAAAAGUGAAACUCUUUCUGUGUUUUACUCCUGCUUAUACAUUAAGGGGUAUUACAGGACUUCCCAAAGUACUGGGGAAAAUUCCUAAUGGACUAAGAAAACUAAUAUGGGGCAAGAAGGAAUAUUAUCUUUUAAGUAACAGCUUAAAAGCCUUCCUGGCCUAUGGAUGUAGCCAUGCCAUCUUUGAUAAGCUUUGCCUUCAAGGUAUUUUCUCUAUGGGAGGAUGUAAUGCAAAAAACCUAAAUAGAAGUCGAGCAGAUGUUUAUAUUGGAAUUUUUCCUGAUUUCACAUCUGUUAAAACAUUAUCUCAUUGGGGACAGGUUAUUUAUUCCAAGGAAUUUAAAUAUUUUGAUCAUGGGAAAAAGAACAAAGCCAUAUAUAACAGAACAAAACCUCCGUUUUAUAAAAUUGAAGAUGUUACAAUACCAGUAGCUGUGUGGAGUGGAGGAAAGGAUAUUGUUGCAACAAAAAAAGAUAUCGAAUUACUGAUUUCUCGAAUCACUCAUUUGGUUUUCUAUAAGAAUAUUCCUGACUGGCAACAUAUGGAUCCUAUCUUGGGCCUAGAUAUUCCACAACAACUAUAUAAUGAUAUACAUAAGCUAAUGCAGAAGUACUAGGUUUAAUUUUAGAGAUGGAACCUAAAAGGAAGAAGCAAGAUCUUAAAGCAUUCAUUUAUUUUUGCUAUGAAUUCUUCAAAUCUAAUGUUUAAGCUAUAUUGAAAAAUAUGUUAGAAAUUAACUUUUAAAGUUAAUUAAGCUAUGUUAUACAUGUACUCAAAGUUAUAUGCAUGCAAACAUGCAUAUUUCUGGUCUAAAUAACAUGAAGUGCCAGGAUACUUUAGAUUGGCCAGAAAGGUUAAUUUGGAAAAAGUAGUUUAAACUGUAUGAAAGCAAAUGGUUCAGUUGAGCAGUUAGCUGGUAUUUCAUAACAUUUGAUGAGCAUUUUACUCAUUUGAAUUUUACUUGUGUUUGUGAUAUUAGGUUCUUGUUCCAUUUACAUUUUGUAAGAAAUCCAUGUUUGUUCAUUUUCAAAUUCAAAUCAUUCAGUUGAUUCCAGUUUUAAAACAGGGUUUUAUCUUUUAGUUUUUGGGUCUUAUGAAAAGUUUUUGAAGAACAACGGUCUUUCAUAAAUAUUGUUAGUUCAUUUCAUGCUACUUUGUCACUUGUAAGUUUUUAUUAUUCUACAUGUAUUUUUGCUAUUAAAUAUUCUUUCAUUGAUCAAUGAAAAGAUCAAUUCAAUGUUCCCUGGAAAAUCCCUUAGAAAUCAAAGGUAUCUCUUGCCUCCCCAACAGCUCCUAAGGCCAUCUGUUCCCAAGAGUGGGUAAACUGAUUAUAAAAAUUCUUCAGUGAGUAUCUUUGUCCUCAUUUGUGUCCUGUGGACAGAUCAUUAAACAGUCUAUGUUUGAUAAUAAUUAAUUAGGCAUUAUAUGUUUGAUCAGAUACUUUUAAUGUACAAAGUUGACAUCUUCAUUGAACUGGUGGUUGAAAGUAUGUCCCUUUUUCUGAUUGAUUUCUUUGGGAAGCCAGUUUUAUUAUGUACCUACCAUAGAAGUAACAUUUCUUCCUUUCACUUAUCUCUUUUAUUUCAAUCUUUCCAGUAUUAAUGUGUUUUGUUUUUUCCUCCUUAUGCUAGGAUGGGUAAAAAUCUAAAAUAAUUUAGGAUGGUUUAAAUAUAUGCAAUAAAAGAAUUGUAUCACUCAGUUGAGGGCAGGCACCCCCAUUCUGCAUGGGUUCUUUUGGAGAGGUUUUCUCAAGUUUAGGCAUAUGCACAGGUGAGGGUGAAGGUUCAUUCUACAAGUUUGUGGGUUGGUUUCAACAUUUUGUUACCAGACUAGGUAACAUUCAGUAGAGUUUAAGGGAUUUGAGUGUUCUGUUUAUUAGGGCUUUGUGUGAUCAGUAGGUCUUGUGAUAGUAAGGUCAUGUCAGGUGAGUGUCCCAUCAGGUCAGGGUCUUGUGAUGGGGAGCUUUCAUCAGGUGAGAGUACUACCCACAUAGGCAGGGGUGCUACAGGCUUGACAACAAACUUGUUAUAUGGAGCUCUAACCUUUUGCUGUUGUCAAUGCCCAAUGCCAAUGCCAGCAUAGCUGAACUAAUUCCUGCAUGUUCUUGGACACUCAGUUCUUGCUAGCUCAUCCAGAACUUGAUCUGGCAAUCCUUCCUGAAAUUAGUCAAUAAGUGUUGCUUCAAUCCACGCCAGGUUUUGGAAAGCAUUUACAUAUUCAGUUACUGAAGACACCCUUAUUUCAAUUUUUGCUGAUUAAAUUAUCACAGGAUCAGAAUGCAUGAUCUGUGGACUAAAUUUAGCAAAAUUGUCCACAAGUGACUUAACAAUGGCAUGGCCCAUCUAGCAUUAUUUCCAGAUCAAAGGCACAUUAUAAACCCAACCAGAUGACUGUGUUUGAAAAUCCUCCCCAUGCAUGCUCAUAUAGAGAUUGUACUGUGCCUAAAAGGUAGGAAAUUGAGACAAUAUCCCAUAUUUUUUUCUGGAUUGACAAUUGGGCAUUUUCUACAAACGGUUGGGUGAUACUGCUGUUAUUUGCAGUGGCUAAGCAUGUAAUGUUUGCAGCUUGUUCCAUGCUGUUUGGUUUUUUUGCAGCAUAGCCAUUACCAAAGAUAUCUCUUUGCAAUCAGCCAAGAGUUAAUGAGGCUGGAAACAAACUGUUUUGAGUUUAAAAUACUCACACAAAAUUGUUAUGUAAUUCAGUUUAUGCAAGAUCAAAGAGGUAACAACACUAAAAUACAAUAUACAGAGCAGUGGUGAAAUCUGAACCGGUUUAGUACCGGUUCGCUGGCUUGCACCAAAUGUGAGGUGUGCGCACCAGUGCACACCAAAAGAAGGCAUGCGGCAAGUAGACCAGUGUGCGCGGAGGGGGGGGGCUGAUCAGCUGUGGCACGCAAUCUUUUUUUUUUAUUUUUAAAAGCAUUUUUUUACAACUUCUUUGACUGAAUAGGCUUUUAGAAGUAAAAAAAAAGGCUCAGGUGCGCAUGGGCCAGGGGUGGGGGGAAG